AAGAAGAAGAAGAAGAAGAGGAGGAGGAAAGAGCGAAGGUGUGUUUUUUGUGUAUAUAAAAAUAUAAGCUUUCUCCCAAUUGGCUUUCCAAAUUGGAUUUUGGAUUAAAACCCUAAUCCCAUAAUCCCCCAAUUGAAUCCCCAAGAGAAGAAGAACAAAAAACCCUGAUUGGGAGAUUUGGGAGGGGGCCAAAAACCCUAGAAAGUGGGUCGUCGAUGAGAAGAGGAGGGGGAGAAGAGAGGCGUAGAUGCAUGUCGCGGCGGGAGCGAGCGUGGAUCUGAACUGGUUCCUGAAAUUGAUACUGACUCUGUUCGUUGCUGCGUUUGCGUUGCUUCACUUGGUCAAGAACACGGCCUCGAAGUACUUUGAGGUCGACGGCAAUUUCGAAGCUGAUCGGACGGCUCAAAUGCCCGGCGUCCCCAACAGCGAUAACCCCGCCUGCGCCGUCUGCGGCGCUAACGGCGUCAAGAAGUGUUCCCGCUGCAAAGCGGUGAAGUACUGCUCUGAAAAGUGCCAGAGGGAACAUUGGCGAUCACAUAAGACUGAAUGCGGCGCAGCUCAGAACACAUCGAGCAAUAGUAGAUUUAAACCUCCUGUUGUGCGUAAAUUUUUUAAAGGAAUUGCACUUGUGCCUACUCAUGGAAUGAUCUCUAAGCGUCUCAAACAGCCCAAAAAGAUUCUUUUCCCCUAUGACGAAUUUGUGAAACUUUUCCAUUGGGAGAAGGCCGGACUUACUCCUUGUGGGCUCUUAAACUGCGGGAACAGUUGCUUUGCUAACGUUGUUCUACAGUGCCUUUCGUCCACUCGACCACUCGUUGCUUACCUGUUAGAGAAGGGUCAUCGGAAUGAAUGCAUACGGGAUGAUGAGUGGUGCUUCCUCUGUGAAUUUGAAAGCCAUCUUGAAAGAGCAAGCCAAAGUUCACAGGCCUUUUCACCCACCAACAUUAUCUCUAGACUACCUAAUAUUGGUGGAAACCUUGGCUAUGGGAGGCAGGAGGAUGCUCAUGAACUCAUGAGGUUUGCUAUUGAUACAAUGCAGUCAGUGUGUCUUGAUGAGUUUGGUGGAGAGAAAGCUGUUGAUCCUAGCUCUCAAGAAACAACCAUCAUUCAACAUAUAUUUGGUGGCCAGCUACAAUCUCAGGUGAUUUGUUCAAAAUGCAAUAACAUAUCAAACCAAUACGAGAAUAUGAUGGAUUUAACUGUUGAGAUUCAUGGAGAUGCCUCAUCAUUGGAAGAAUGCCUAGUCCAGUACACUGGCAGGGAGUCGCUUCAUGGUGAAAAUAUGUACAAAUGUGAUGGGUGCAAUGACUAUGUCAAGGCUUGGAAGAGACUUUCGGUUAAACGUGCUCCAAAUGUGUUGACAAUUGCCUUGAAAAGAUUUCAGAGUGGGCGCUUUGGGAAAAUCAACAAGAGAGUUACAUUCCCUGCAAUACUGGAUCUCAGUCCUUACAUGAGUGAACAAGGAGAUGGUUCAGAUAUAUAUAACCUCUAUGGUGUCGUUGUCCAUGUGGAUAUGUUGAAUGCUUCGUACUUCGGUCAUUACAUCUGUUAUACCAAGGAUUUUCAUGGAAACUGGUACAAAAUUGACGAUUGCAAGGUUACAUCUGUUAAUUUGGAAGAAGUGCUUUCUCAGGGAGCAUAUAUGCUUUUAUAUAGCAGGGAUCAGGCACGAUCACCUUGCCUAAGCAUCUCUGAGUCUCCAAAGAAAGAGGGAGAAAUGCCUGAUGCUAAUGUUGAAGUAGAGACCCUCCCAGAUGGAGUAGUUAAUUGUUCACCUAUGGAGACUGCAGACCCAACUCACCAUUAUGUGUCUGAACCAUCGGACAUUAGUCUGUCCCGACAAACAACCAACUGUGUAGAAGACUCAUCUGCUGUACUAGAGCAUUCAAAUGGUGUUACAAAUGUGUCCCAUCUAACAUCACCAUCAUCUGCUUCAAAGGAGGUUGACAUAUAUGAAGAGGAGACACUGAAUUCAAGGUCGAGUCCAUCCAUUUCGUUGGAGAUUUCUGGUUACUUGAAGUCUCCUGCAUCAGAUCUAGAUGAAGUAAGACAUGCAAAUGGCGUUGAUGUAGCUAAUGACAAACCAUGUCGGCCUCUGUCUGAGGAAGCACUAGAAUGCUGUGAGAAGGAUUGCUCUUCUGCAGAUGAUAUGGAGUGGGAGUCGAGUACAGCCGUGGCACAGGCCAUUGCAGUUUUCAAGAGCAACGGGACAGAUGCAGUGGCACAGGAAAUUGAAGUUUGCAAGAGCAAUGGAACAAUUGAUGUGGCCAAUGGAACGGCUUCUCCAGUUGAACAUCUGGGCUUAAUGAACGGAAACGGAUUCUAUAAACAGAUUGAUGACGGCUAAACAAUCAAAGUUGGAUCUCUGAACAAUAAUCAUUGGUUGUUCAUAAUUCUUUGGCUCCCCUCAUCAUUAGAAGAAAAGAUUGAGCUGGGAUAUUCUUGGUCUGGGGUUUCACUAUUUUGCAGAAAUCCCAGAUGUCACUAAACAAUUUAGCUGGGGAAUGGUGUCAUAAUGUAAUCGAAAGUUCGAAACAUCAUAAUGAGUGGGAAGAUGUUUUCUUUUUUGG